UGUCUAUCAACUAACUUACAGAGGUUAAUCCAGCUCUUGUCGACAUGGCGACAACAGGCAGCAGAGAAGGUUUGGAUGACACCAUGAGCGGAUCCGCAGGGGGUUCUGUCAACAACGUUUCCACUUGGCAAGGAGGAAGUUGUGAGGAGUCUGGAGAGGAAACUGAGACUGAGAGGCAGGACAAAAGUGUGAAAGUGUGUGAGGAGUGUGCCAAGCAGUUCAGUUGUCUUAGUGCUAUGAAGACACACAUGCGGAUUCACACGGGUGAGAAACCCUACAGGUGUGAUGAGUGUGGAAAGAAGUUCAGUCGGCUGGAAAAUCUGACGACUCACAUGCGGACUCACACUGGUGAAAAACCCUACAGAUGUGAGGAGUGCAGCAGGCAAUUCACUGAGCUUGGGACUCUGAAGAGGCACAUGCGGACUCACACAGGUGAAAAACCCUACAGAUGUGAGGAGUGCAGCAGGCAAUUCACUGAGCUUGGGACUCUGAAGAAACACAUGCGGAUUCACACAGGUGAGAAACCCUAUAGAUGUGAGGAUUGCGGCAGGCAGUUCAGUCAGCUGGAUAAUUUGAAGACUCACAUGCGGCUUCACACAGGAGAGAAACCA